AUGGAGUCUGGAGCAAAACGGGCCGCGGACGACGAUGCUGCGGACGGGGAGCAGGAGGAGGGCCCCCCGCGGCCCCCAGAGGGAGCAGAUGAGGACGAGCCGGACGUAGGACCCGUGCUGCCAAAGGCGAAGAAACGCAAGGUGCUGCAGUUUCAGCAGCAGUACCUGGAGGCGCUGCCCAGCGCACAAAUGUACGAGAAGAGCUACAUGCACCGCGACACGAUCACGCAGGCGGUGGUGCGCAGCGGCCGCAGUUGCAGCAGUGGUCCGCGGGAUGCGUCAUAA